GUCAUCAACAGUGGACCGUGUUUGUUAUGUUGGAAAUGUGAAAAGGGGCUGUUGUCUCCUCGAGUCUCCUGUGUCUGUUGAUUUGAAGACGAAACUAUGGCUGACUACUGGAAGUCACAGCCGAGGAAGUUCUGCCAGUACUGCAAGUGUUGGAUCGCCGACAACAAGCCUAGCAUUGAGUUCCAUGAAAGGGGGAAGAAUCACAAAGAAAAUGUUGCUGCGAAAUUUAAUGAUAUCAGGAAGAAGAGUGUCAACAAGGCCAAGCAGGAGGCAAAACAGUCCAAACAGUUCGCUGCCAUGGAGGAAGCUGCGCUCAAGGCAUACGAGCAGGACUUGAAGAGAAUGGAAAUGGAAGCGUCUGGUAUACGUCUUGAGGCACCCACAUCGUCGCUGCAAGAAGUGUUGCCAUUGGUGGGUAAGGCAUCCCAAAACAAACCACAGGGACAAGGACGGCAGCAGAAACAGACGAAUAAGAAACAGAAAUCGGAGGGUCCGUCAUUCCCAGGCGGUCCAGACGCACAGUUUUGGGUGGCAGGAAAGAGUGACGAUGGUAACACCUACUAUUACAACACUGUCACUGGAGAGUCGCGUUGGAAUGAACGGCACCCCCAUUUCCCAAAAUCAACAAUGCCUGCGCAACUGGGGGGGACCUCAGCCAGCACAUGGGUGGAAGCAGUCAGUCCUGAAGGUUACCCGUACUACUACAACUCUCAGACGGGAGAAUCCAGCUGGGAGAAGCCUGCCAACCUCGCCCCCAAAGAUGCUGUUGCCCCAGGUGGAAGGAGGGAAGAUGGGGCUGGAGAGACUCAAGCAGGAGCAGAGACAGACAAGCACUGCAGCGAGGCUGUUAUAGAUCCUGAAGCUUCUGGAGCACUUGGCCAGGGGGCACAAGAGCCGUGCACCAAUCUCAGGAAAAGGAAAGCGGACGAUGACGCGCCUGAGGAAGAUGAAAAGUCAAAAAGCAGUGCCCUGGUUCCAGAUAAAAGUCAAGAUGACGAAAAAGAGGGUGAUAACCAAACAGGAGAUAAAACGGACGAAAUUGCUUCCCAGGCCAGACGUAGGGUGAACCCAUACGGAGCCUGGGAACGGAUCAAGGUGGAGAAGAAAACCGAGAAAUUUGUGGACCUCCAGCUGCCUAAGGUGCAGGAAGAAGUGGGCCCUCCACCACCACCUGAUGUUCCCCCAGAACCAAAACCCAAAUUCAAGGAGCGAAUCAUCACUUCCCUGGGAGUAGAAGGAGGUCCAGUGGCAUUCAAGAAAAAACAGAAUGGGAAAUCCAGAAGUCUGCGACAAAGAGACGCUGAUGAUUGACAGCGUUGUUUCUGGAAUUUAAUACAGAACAAAGAAAGACUACCAACUUAAAUUUUGCUUUUGACAAGGGUCAAGUUUUGUUUUGUGUUUUUUUUUUUUAUGUGGCAGAAUACAUUCUACAAUUCCACUGUUAAAAUUCUGUUCCAUUAGACCUUUUGUUUUCUUUUUUUUUCUCAAUACAGAAUUGUAAUGUCUUUAGCAAGCAAAUAUUGUAUGAGUAUUGUCUUGACUUGCAAAAGUUAUUUUGAAAAUAAAACAAUGAAAACUUGUAAUUAUUUAGUAAGUCAAGAAGAAGAAGUGUAUGAAGUUGUUAAAAUUCCAUCCAUAAAAACCUUUACUACUUAGGAGUAUUCAAUUGUAUUCAAUAUUUAUCAAUAUUGUUUGGAACAUGUCCAAUAAUGUAGUAUGUUUAAAUGUUACUAAAGAUGUAUAUAGACUUAGACUUUUUUAUUGUCAUUGCACAAAAACAUAUCUCUAUAUUAUGGCAAAGAAAUUUCCGGUUUCCAACAACUAUAUGUCCAAAAAUAAAUAUCAGAUAAAUACUUAUCUGAAGAUCUACAACCAAAAAAAAAAAAAAGAAAUGAAAAAAGAAAAGCUCCCAGACCAGACGGAGAUGCAGCUGGUCAGCAGGCUUUCGAUUGUCCCUCUGUAGAAGGUGGUCAGGAUGGGUGGGGUGACUGU